UUCAGCGGUUUGAACAAGAAGCGGGUCCUGCGGCGGAUUUGUUAAAUUUAUAGAAGAAAAUAAUGAAGAACACAUAAAAAAGAGAUACAGAUAAAACUACCGGUCAUGGCGAAGGGUUGAAACAGCUCUUCGGGUCGAGUUUAAAUAAGCUUCGUCGGUUUCUGUUAAUAAAAUGUAAGAACGGUAUUACAGUGAAUUGUGUUUGUCUGUUAGCCGAAGCCGAGCUAUCCGGCUAGCCUUCAGUUGACUGAGUUAUGUCAGUUGCAUUUGAACUCUGCUCCGUUCAUUUUAUGUAAACUUGACUUGUUAACACGGUUUUAGCUGCACUUUUAAACAUGAAGCCGUUAGUUCUGAAGACGUACGGUAAACAGAGGCGAAAGGUGUCCGCCUGGAUUUCACCUGAUGUCCGCAAGCAGGCCUUCGACAGCAGCGUGUCAACAGAUGAUUCCGUGUUUGAAAUCCGAAAAACGACGAGGAUGAGAGGCAAGCAACCGGAGGCUGGUGGUCGUCAAGCAAUGCGUCCUGCCAAGCAGAAAGCCAUGCUGUGUCUGACUGAGAAGAGUUUUAAUGAGGAGAACAUCAUGGUUCAUUCUCCACCUUCUCAGCAAAUUAAGACCAGAAUGAGGAGGAAGACAAGUGUUGCUGUUAGCAGAGAGGUCCAUCCUGCCAGGAGAAAAGCCAAGCUCUGUCUGUCACUGACCAGCAGUGAUGAGGAGAACAAAAGUAGACCUUCUUCUCCCCCUCCUCCGCUCACUCAGCAGAGCAAGACAACCAGAAAAAGCCGGCUUGUGUCUGAACCAGAUGUUGUGGCAAGGCAGAAACCCCAGCGAGUUUUUUCCACCAGUAAAAGUGAAGAAGAAAUGUCUGCACCAAAACGCCACAAAAGUUCACUUCAAAUGAAGACAGACUCUGAUGUUCAUCCUCCUCCUGCUGGCCGUUUUGUAACCCACCGCAGACGUACAGCUGCCACGAAACCCAGAAUCUCCAAAGCAAUAGCCAGCAUACUCAGCUCUUCUGAUGAUUUUACUCGCGGAGUGUUUGGUUCCAGCAGGAUUCAUCGACCUUCCAGGAAAAGGAAGGUCCCACCAACAUUUGUGGUGUCAAGUGCAGAGAACUCGAUGAAUGCUGCAGGGACUUCCAGCUUUGCCACCAACCCCUUCCGAGAGAUAUCUCUCAAUGAGUUGGCAGAUCACAGUCUGGGACCCUGCCCCAGGAAACCCAUCUUCUGCUCUACGCCCUCAGCAGCCUCUUCGAGCAAACGCAGACAUCCUAAACUGUUUCCUAUCAAUGAUCAGUCCUCGGCUUCUCAGUCCAUAUCAGUAAGCUGCAUAGGUGGCUUGAACACAUUUGAAGAGGAUUCACCAGAAAAGCCUGCCCCGCCGCCUCUUUGUGCAUCAAUUACUGGACUCGACUCUAAGGAGAAGCUGCAGCCAAGCCUUGAUGAGCUGCAGGAAGAACCAGACCUGCAUCACCAUGAAGAACCAUCUGUUAAAUUAUUUAUGGAGCCCAGGAGAAGGCGCUGCAAUGACGAAGCAGUGAGCAACAGUAAAGACUCCGGGACUAAGAAUGAUGGGCAAUUACCAAGUGUAAAUCUGCUCUCCACAGACAGUGGAAGCAGCAGUCAUUUUGUGUCAGCAGCAGCAGGGUUAGAGUGGCUGAUAGAGGCUCUGAAGGAGAAAUGUUUGACCGAGCGCUGCACAGUGCAGCUGGAGAGAUUAGACUUCCUCACUGUGACUCAGCUCUGCAGUCAAACAACUUACUCAUCCUGUUUGGAACAUUCAAGCUCAGCUCACAGCCAGCAGACUGAUAAACACCUUCACUCUGUAGAUGGUCAAAUGGAUGAUCUUUCACAGUCUGUAGAAGCAGCACUUCAUUUAUCUGUGACAAGCAAUAAAAACAGUGAUUAUUUACACUCAGUAAAUAGUUUUGAACAAACAUCUUCAGUGACUGACAGUCCCAGCAGGAACAUUUUAUCAUUAGUCAACGGUAAGCUGUCUGCUGAACACUCAUCCACUGAAGCGUUCAUGGAGCGGCCAGAAUCGGUGCUUUAUGCUGAAUCUACUCAUCACACAGAAAGCAGCUUUGAGAUAGCCAUGGGCACACAAUUACCAGCCAGUAGCACGUUGCAAACACGAAAACAGAAAGCUUUAGCUGUGAAGGAGCAGUGUCUUACUAAGAAACUUUCAGUUCAGACUGAAAAACUGUCUUUGUCACAACUCAAAAGCUUCGCCCAGCAGAAAGAAGCAGGUUUGCCUUGCAAUGAGAGGCGUGUUAACCAACAUGCAUACAAGCGUGAAAAUGACCACACUCAUAACAUGGACGACCCAGAAGACAUCAAACAUUCAGAAGGAAUUACUGAAAGAUUUGUGGUUUCUAAUGAUCAAUUAAAUGACCGUUCAGGAGCAAAGAGAAAAAGAGAAGAAAAGGCAGCGAUGUUGAAGGAGAAAUGUGUAACGGACAAAUUUAUUGUCGGGAUAAAAAAACUAACUUUGUCACAGGUUAAAAAAAAUCUGCAACUCAAAGAUGGCACGCUUAAAUCAUCCACAGAUGUGUCAAACUCAAUGAGUGAUGAUCAGACAGAGACUGACCGCUUGUCUGAGAGUGACUCUAAUCACUGUAAUGAAGACACUUCUAUGAAAGUCAAUGUAAAAAACCAAAGCUCAAGUUGUUCGGAGGAUAAGAUUACCUCAGACAAAGAGCCUGAAAAGAACUCCGGCAAUUCUGUCCAUAAAAGGAAAAAGACGUCCUUGGCUCCUAAAGAAAAGAAAAGGAAGAGCAUGUCCACAGACCGACCUGGGACAACAAGGAAGGCGUGUGUGAGCGGUAUGAGCGUGAGUCGCUGGAAAAUCAAAGGCAACACCAGCACACACGCAUUCAGGGGCAGGACUGCACAAACAGGCCGGACCAAGGCUGUGGACUGUAGCAUCAAUGAGCUGAUCCCCAAACAACACAAACAGCCAAGGGAUUUGUGGGCAGCGACUACAAAUUUCUCCACUCCAGUGAAAGCGAAUCAGCUCAACCUCUCGUCUCUGUUGGCGGAUUUCACACCGAGCACCCAAACCUGGAGCCGACUCAAAGCCGCUCUCUCUGUCCACCGCAAGGCCAUGGUGCUGCUCACUCCGAGGAGUUUACGUCUCUCAGCGUCACACUCUCCGAUGCUAGCAGACGUCAGCCAGGAUCUCUUUGCCACUCCGAUACGGACACUGCUCCCCAGACGCCUCCAGUCACAGCUGCAAAGCCGACAGUCUCUGGUUGUGUGUGAAGAUGCAGAACUGUCGGAUGCAGAGAAGGUGUAUGCUGAGUGUGGCCAGCAGCAGCCCCUGCCUUGGGAGGAGUGUAUUCUCCCGCAUCGAAUGAAAAAAUGUGUGAAGAUCGGGGAGGGGACCUUUGGAGAGGUCUUCUCUACCACCAAUGCCUCGGGAGACACCGUUGCGCUCAAAAUCAUUCCUGUAGAGGGCAGCGAGAAGGUGAACGGAGAGAACCAGAAGACUUUAGGAGAGAUUCUCCAUGAGAUAAUUAUCUCAAAGGAACUGAGCAGCCUGAAAGAGAAGCAUCAAAACCAGACUCAUGGCUUUAUUGGACUCAAUGAUCUUCACUGCGUCCGAGGCUGCUACCCUCCAGAUUUCCUGAAUGCUUGGGACACAUUUGAUCAGCGUAAAGGUUCUGAGAAUGACAGACCAGAUUUCUUUAAAAAGGAUCAGUUAUUCAUAAUCCUGGAGUUUGAGUUUGGAGGCGUCGACUUGGAGAACAGCAAUGGAACGUUUACAUCUUUAAGGGUAGCGAAGAGCAUCCUUCAUCAAGUUACUGCUGCCUUGGCUGUCGCUGAGCAGGAGCUACGCUUUGAACACAGGGACCUCCACUGGGGCAACGUAUUGGUCAAAACAACCAAGCAGAAGACAGGGAGCUUCCUUCUGAGUGGAACAGCCCACUCUGUGGAAACCAAAGGGGUGCUGGUCCGCAUCAUUGACUAUUCAUUGUCCAGACUAGAAAUCGAUGAUCUAACGGUGUCCUGUGAUAUUUCAAAUGAUGAGGACCUCUUCCUGGGCCAGGGCGACUACCAGUUUGAAGUCUACAGACUGAUGAGAAAGGAAAAUGGAAACAACUGGAGCGACUACCACCCCCAUACCAACGUGCUGUGGCUCCACUACCUGUGCUCCAAGCUGCUUUCAAUGAAGUACCGGGGCACUGGAGGGAGGAGCGCCAAGGACAUGCGAGCGGAGCUCACUCGUUUCUAUGACAACAUCCUCCAGUACAGCUCUGCCACAGAGGCGCUGCAGAACUGCCCCAUGUUUCAGUAGUAUGUGAGUGCUGAACAAAUUAGGUGUGAGAAGGCUCAUGUAGGGUUGGGGUUUUUUUUUGUUUUUUUUAGUCUGAAGAAGGUGCAGUGUAUUUGAGUCAUCUGAUUUCAGCUUCCUUCAUUCCGCAGUACGUUUGUCUCCUUUGUUAAACUUAAAGACAGUUAUUGAUCCUCUAGUAGCAUACUAGCAGAGAUGAAGGUUCUUUGGAGAGCCAUGUACAAAGAGCUGUCUUAUGACGAAAGUUAUUAAAAUGACGGUCUGAAAACAAUGUAUUUGUGUAUUUAUGGAGCUUGUUUUUCACUGUUACUACAUGUGUUUAUUUUACUGAGUUAUGCAUGUUACAUAUAAAGGCAGAAAAAAUGUUUUCAAUACAUUUUGGCGUCGGAUUUUUGUAGAUCUUUGUAGUGAUAUUGUGCUCAAAAUUAGUUUUUGAAUGGUGGAUGUUAAUUACCAACUCUUAUAACUCAUCUAUCCAGCAAAAAUGUUUAAUAUUCUCUGGUUGUAGCUUCUCAGAUUUGCUGCGUUCUGAUGCAGGUUGAACGAGAAAUUUUAAGAUGUCGCCUUUAGCUGUAGAAAAUGGUGAUUAUUUUCUGAAUUUUAAUGGGUAGGAUGAUUAAUCUAUUAGCUAUUUUUUAAUUAGCUUAUAAUGAAAAUGAUCGGUUCAUCAAGAACCAAGCUACAAAUACUGCAUCUGAGGAAAUUAGAUUAGAAAAACAGAGCAGGCCACAUCUGGUCAUAUGAAAUUUCCAAUAAUCUGUUGAAGCAGAUGUUAAAAAACAUUGUCAAAAUGGGCAACUGCUGUCCAGUAUACAGGUGAAGCGGGCAAGUUUACAUUUUUUAAAAUAGGGAUGUGAAUGUGUUACUAUUUUGCAAGAAAAUUUUGAAACAUUUCAGUCUCCCUGCUUGAGAUCGAUGGAGUUUAUCUUAUUUGAGGAUUAAACAAUAUGAUGGUAUUAAAGUCCUAAAUUUGUCAACUGACAGACUUGUUCCUCUUAAAAAAUGUUUUCUGUGGCUUUUGGAUGCUCGUAAUGAUCUUAAUUUUUAGCAUUUUACAUGUAUUUCAUUCUUGUUUUGCCUUGCUUGUAGUAUUUUAUGUUUAAUCUGUGUUUAUGUUGAUUUUAAACUUUUUAAUCCUGUUUUCAGUCUUGCGUUUUUGCACAUGUAUUUGUCUUAUACAUGUUGCUCAUUGGUCAACUGUGGGUGAUCUAAAAUGUGCUGAUAAAGAGAUUUUAUUUGACAGAUGUUGGCCAAUAAAAAUGAUAUACAUUUAGUUAACUGCA